AUGUAUUUGAAGAAGCCCUUCUUGUUGUUGUUGCCAUCCUUGGCUAGAUUUAAUUCCAACGUUUAUGUUAACAUUGCUUCGCUUUUUCAUCCAUACUUACAGAACCCCAAGGACUGCAGCAAAGCUAAGAAACUUGUGUGUAAUAUCAACAAAGGCUGUGGCUAUGGUUGUCAGCUUCAUCAUGUGGUCUACUGCUUCAUGAUCGCUUACGGCACUCAACGAACACUCAUUUUAGAGUCUCAGAAUUGGCGCUAUGCUACAGGUGGCUGGGAGACUGUCUUUAGGCCUGUAAGCGAGACGUGUACUGACAGAUCAGGCACCACCACUGGACACUGGUCAGGAGAGGCUAAUGAUAAGGAUGUUCAGGUGGUGGAACUUCCCAUUGUUGACAGCUUACACCCACGGCCACCAUAUUUACCCUUGGCUGUCCCUGAAGACCUGGCUGAUAGGCUAAUUCGUGUCCAUGGGGAUCCUGCAGUGUGGUGGGUCUCGCAGUUUGUGAAAUACUUGAUUCGUCCACAGCCUUGGCUAGAGAAAGAAAUAGAGGAAGCCACAAGGAAACUUGGUUUCAAACAUCCGGUGAUCGGUGUUCACGUCCGAAGGACAGACAAAGUAGGAACAGAGGCAGCAUUUCAUCCUAUUGAAGAAUAUAUGGUACAUGUUGAAGAGCAGUUUGAACUUCUUGCUCGCAGAAUGCAUGUUGAUAAAAAAAGAGUGUAUUUGGCUACAGAUGACCCUUCAUUGUUGCAAGAGGCAAAAUCCAAGUAUCCAAAUUACGAAUUUAUCAGUGAUAACUCCAUAUCCUGGUCAGCAGGACUUCACAACCGAUACACUGAAAACUCCCUAAGAGGUGUUAUUCUGGAUAUUCACUUUUUGUCUCAGGCAGACUUCCUGGUCUGUACAUUUUCAUCCCAG